CUAGAGGGGACAGGAAGCAGUGGGCGAGGGGGCAGGUCCUCCGGAGCCAAAGAGGGGCCUCUGGUCGCCGGUGCCGCUUCUGCGUAGGAAUUUGCCAGCACCUAAUUUUCAGACAGACAGAACUUGGCAGAGGACCAAGGGGUUCCUUCUGAUCUUUUGGAGACUUCCUGAGAGUGAAGAUGCAUAAGCAAGACUCAGCUGGCCCUGGAGCAGGAAGAGGCCAUGCUAUGGAAACGGGGAGCAGUGGGGGAUUCUGGGAAAUCUCUGGGCAGAAGAUCUUAGGUGAGGAGCACACCCUUCGCUCACAGGCGCAGAGCCGGCAGUUCCACUGGUUCUGCUAUCUGCAAGCCAAAGGACCCCGUGAGGUUUGCAGCCAACUCUACUACUUUUGCCACCAGUGGCUGAAGCCAGAAAGGCACACAAAAGCUGAGAUGCUGGACCUGGUGAUCUUGGAGCAGUUCCUGGCUGUCCUUCCAGCGGAGAUGGAGAGCUGGGUGAGGGAAUGCGGAGCAGAGACCAGUUCCCAGGCAGUGGCCCUGGCCGAAGGUUUCCUCCUGAGUCAGGCGGAGGAGAGGAAGCAGGAAAGGGAUCUGUUGGCAGAAAAGGGACCAGAUUCCUCUGAGGCAGAGAGGACUCCAUUGGACACCAGAGAGAAGCCGCUGGGUGAAAGAAGGAUGCUGGCAAGACCUCCUCCUGCAUCUCUUCAUCCUGGUGGAGGGGAAGCAGCGGCUGAGGAACCGGAUCAGGGUCCAGUUUGUUUUGAAGAUGUCGCUGUUCGUUUCACGGCUGAGGAGUGGGCGUUGCUGGAUCCUGCCCAGAAAGCACUGCAUAAGGAAGUCAUGGAGGAGACUUGGAGGAUCAUGAACUCUCCCGGUGUUGAGGAAUUGGAAAUGAAGAACAAGGGAAACCAUGAGAAAAUCCACACAGUGCAGAAGCCAUGUCAGUCUUUGGAAUGUGGAGAUAACUUCACUAACAGCUCUGAUUCCAUGUCUCAUCAAAAUCCCACUUGGAAUAAACCGUAUCAGUGCUCAAACUGUGGAAGGAACUUCAGAACAAAGCAACAUCUCACUGACCAUCAAAGAACUCAUAGUGGGGAGAAACCCUAUCAGUGCUUGGAAUGUGGAAAGAGCUUCAAUAAUAGCCGCUCCCUUGGUUCCCAUCAAAGAAUUCAUAUAGGGGAGAAACCCUAUCAGUGCUUGGAAUGUGGAAAGAGCUUCAAUAAUAGCCGCUCCCUUGGUUCCCAUCAAAGAAUUCAUAUAGGGGAGAAACCCUAUCAGUGCUUGGAAUGUGGAAAGAGCUUCAGUGAAAGCAUCAAACUCACUGCCCAUCAAAUAACUCAUAAAGGGGAGAAACCAUUUCAGUGCUUGGAAUGUGGAAAGAGCUUUAGUCGACGUGACUCUUUCACUUUCCAUCAAAGAACUCAUACAGGGGAGAAACCCUAUCAGUGCUUGGAAUGUGGAAAGAGCUUCAUUCACAAGGUCAGUCUCACUUCCCAUCAAAGAAUCCAUACUGGGGAGAAACCCUAUCAGUGCUUGGAAUGUGGGAAGAGCUUCAGUAUGAAGACCUAUCUCACUUCCCAUCAAAGAAUUCAUAUAGGGGAGAAACCAUAUCAAUGCUUGGAAUGUGGAAAGAGCUUCAGUAUGAAGACCUAUCUCACUUCCCAUCAAAGAGUUCAUACAGGGGAGAAACCAUAUCAGUGUGUGGAAUGUGGAAAGAGCUUCAAUCACCGCUCCACUCUCAGUUCUCAUGAAAGAAUUCAUACAGGGGAGAAACCCUAUCAGUGCUUAGAAUGUGGAAAGAGCUUCAGCAGGAAAGACCAUCUCACUUCCCACGAAAUAAUUCAUGCAGCGCAGAAACUAUAUCAGUCCUUAGAAUGCACAUUGGGCCUUCCUGCAAGAAGAGCACUUCUCUGACAUCAGAGAAUUCACAGUGGGGGGAAACCAUUUCAAUGCCAAGAGUGCAGAAAGAGCUUCACCAUGAAGCA